AUGGAACUCCCGCUGCCCCCUCCAUCGUCUAUAGAUGCUCCGAUUCUUCAGGAGUUUUCACGGCCGUGGAGAGCCCUACGCCUUCCGAUCCCCACUGCUUCAGGAUAUGAAACAAAAGCUGACCACUCGUUGAUGAAAAACUACGAGCCUCAAUACACACCGGGUGAACCUACUUUUGCGUCAGAGAUACGCGCAUCGUCUCUUCUGGAGCCUCGUGUGGCAGUACCGGAAGCGCAAGCUUUUCUGAUCACGCCGCGUCUUCGCGUUACGCUCGGCACGAUUGAGCCUCUCGUGUGCAGGUUGGUAGUAUACGACAUGUCAUUAGGCUGUCGAGCCACCGAGGAAUUCUGUUUCCGGAUACCUGGCCCAAUGCUGGACAAGGUAGACAGCCCGAUCCCUCCUGCAGCGCUGAUGUAUGUGCUUCCAACACUGCAGAUGCAGAAUCUGUACUUGGUUCUCAAAGUGAGCAAGGUCUUGGCUGGCGACGGAGAUAUCGCAGCCGCCCCAUACUGCACCCCUGACAAAUUUGUUUCGCCAUCGGAGCAGAAAAAGUUGGUCGACAAGGCUGCAGAUUGCGGGGUACGUCUCGGCCGAUUCCAACAGCCAUUUGCGUGGGGAACGAUACCGUUAAGCAAAGGGACCAAGCGACCAAUGACGCUCUACAGACAGCGCGGUUGUAUACCGGAGGAGCAGCGAGUUUCUUUGAUUUCAGACGUCAUUCGCGGCAUUCUAAACGGCACCUCUGAGCAGAUAGGAGGCAGAGUUCGUUACUGUCGUGAAGUUCAGCCCUUUUGUACUUCGUCCUUGGUUCCAAAGUUUGGACUGGUGGGUUCAGGUCCGGUGGCUGUCUCGUAUGUGAACACGCUGUACGUGUACCCGCUUCAGAUCGAGAGGUGCCAGUAUCGCAACAUUGCUAUUCGAGUCCAGCUGCUGCGAAGAGAAGUCGACGCAGUUCGUGGCGUGGAGGAGUUGGAUGAAGCUGUUCUUCGAGCGGUUUAUCGAGCCAAUAACCAGGUCGAUCGCUCGGCGUACGCGCUUGUGGGGUACCACCAGAAGAACCCACAGUUUGACGAUGAGAUCAAGAUUUGUCUUCCAGAAUGCUUGACAAAGAUGCAUCAUCUACUCUUCACGUUUUAUCACGUCCAUUGCAAGAAACUGCAGCCCAAUCAGCCGCAGCAGGAGAUUUUCGGGUACGCGGUAGUACCAAUUCUCGGAAAAGAUGGCACCAUUUUGCAGGAUGGCAAGUACACUCUGACCGUGACUCCUGCUCCUGCGUCUUCCAAGCCGUUGGGAACAGCAAGCGGACUGUCGACAUCUCCCGGAUACGUCGCUGCUGCACGCGUUGCCCCUCUGGAUAACAACAAAAUGGCGUUUAGUUGUCGUGGUCGCGUAGUGUCCUCGAUUCACAGCCAAGACAGCGCCGUAGCAGCGUUUCUACGUCCAUUUCAUGAAAGUCCGCGCUCAGACGCAGACAGCGAUGAAGACGCCAUCGUCAACCGCUUGAUGGGUCUCAGUCAGAGCAGUGCGCUCAAUGUACGCUACUUUUUCUUCACGAUCGUCAAGUUCGUACUCGGAUAUCUACGACAUGGGACUUCAAUUGUGCGGUGGUCUGCGUUCCGCACACUGCUUGCCAUCAUGGAGAAGGCCACUUGGAACCCCCGAGGAUCGUUGAAAGUUCACGAGAUGAACCGAGUACUCCACGAUUUCGUCCACAUUGUCUUCGACGAGAAGUGUAUCGACGAUCCCACUACGCCCCAGUCCCCAUCUGCCAAGUCUCCAUCUAACAGUGAACGCAAGUCUGUCUUUGGAGCGCUGCUGGAAACGUGGCUGAAUGUCUUGAAUAACAAGGCUUCAAUCGAGGAGAACGUCGAGACGAAGCGAAUGUCUCUGACGUACUCGAACGUCCUUCUGCAGCUCAUCUUGAAGUCUAUGGCGAUGCACUUGCUGGAUCAGCGGGAUACGGCGGCCAGUGAUGCUGCAAAGUCGCUUCCUCUGACGCUUGCCAAGAAGGACGAGGUGAUGGUUGAACGCGUGCUGGAACAACUGAUCGCGUGUGCGGGUGACACGUCAAAUGGACUGCUACUCCAGAAGGAAGUAAACCGCAGUGUGGCGUACUUCUGCCGUGGAGUAUUUCUCGUGGUGAAUAGUAUUUUCCCCGCUCGAGUGCUCGAUCGGUACGUGAAGUGGGUCGACGUUGAGGGAGAUGCCAACAGUCUUCGCCAUAUCUGGUUCCCUUUUCUUCAUAUCUUGGUGGACUUUGAGUUCUUCCCCACCGUAAAUGGGGCAGCGGGAGGGAAUCCUGGGAAAACACGAGCGUGGCUCGCCAAGGCUGUCUCCGAGAAGCUCUUGGUCAUUAUCGACACCCAGAAAGAGCAGAAAAUUAGAGUUGAUGCGGUGCGAUUGCUACGCAGGAUGUUCGCAGCGCAGGCGUAUAAUCCUCGGUUUCAGAGCCCAGAGCAUCAAGAGAGGAUCGCUCUCCUGAAAAUUCUUAGCAAGUAG